AUGAGCGGUUGGUUUUCCGAUGUACUCAACGUGGCAGCAGCUAUCGCUCAAGUCAUUUUGAGCCUCAGUCCAGCUCCAGAUAUCUACAACGUCCAUCGCCACAAAGAUAUCGGCGAGAUGGCGGCUUUACCGCUCGUUGCAAUGGCUGUCAACAACCACGCCUGCCACUCAGGCGUUCAGCCAGCUCGCGCGAUAAUGUACAGUGCAAUUUACUUCCGAUGGAGCUCGAAGCCUAAGCGCAAGGAGCUGAUCAAACUAUUCGCCCGAGCUUUUGCGUUGCACUGCGCGUUAUCGUUAUACUUUGUGCUUGGCGCUGUGGGAGUCACAGGCCAAACAAAGUCUGACGUGGGCACGUGGUUCGGAUAUGUUGGCGUCGUCAUUAAUGUCUGGAUCACCAAGAACUCUGCAUCUAUCCCUAUCAACUUGAGCGUCAUGCUCUUGAUUUCGACCUUGUUGUGGCUGGGCACGGGUAUCCUGGACAGCGAUCUCUUCAAUGCGGGAAUUAACUCCGUCGGCGCGACGCUGAGCUUAAUUCAAAUUGUGGUGUACUUCUACUACAGAUCAAACCGGAACGAUGAACUGCUGAUACAACAAGAUCUGAUUUCCAAGGAGGACGAUAUGUCUAUCGUUAUUGCGACUCCCAAGGACAAUACUACCAUUACACCGCUUGAUACAUCGGUGUACAAACCAAUGGCAUCCCCGCGGACUUGA